GAAUUUUCCUAAUUGUAUUGUAGAAUAAACCGCCGGAAUAUACAAAUUUACCGUAUUUUCAUAAUAUUAUCUCCAUUAGAGUUUAACUAUAUAAAAUAAGUCAAGUGAAAAAUAUUCAUUAAAAGUCUGAAGAAGUGUGAAGAUAAUUUUACAGAAGGCAAAGCUGACAAUUGACUAUUAUUUAAUAUUCUGAGCGAUAAUAAGAAUACCUUUUAAAAUGGAGCAAUUCAUAAGUCAUAAAAGCAACGCAGAAGCCAUGGUAAAGGGAGUUGUUCCAACUCAAGAAUACUAUUUACAUGGAAGUAUAUUGGAUAGCAAUAGAGAAACACUGCUAUAUAGACUUCAAGGAUCUUGCGAUGGAGAUCAGAGUAAAUUUCUCGACCACGAACAAGUCUUUGUAUUAAAGGGACAAGCAUUGAACGCACCCGACGUUAAUGUAUCUAUCCGUAAAUCUCUUCUGCCGGUUCCUUCUGGAGCUGUUCGUAAUCCAUGUCAAAUGAGGUACACAAAUGAUCCGGAUAGCGACAGAAGUAAACCAACCAUGGUAAGAACCUGCUUGGAUAUAGCCGUAAAUGAGGAUCAAAUACUACAAUACUUGAAAUCAUUGGGUUUCAGUUUUGAAUAUGAAUUCGUCUCCAAAGGAUAUGUAUUUAGGAGAGGAAGGACAAAAAUAAGCGUUUCUAAAAUUCAUAGGGUACUCGUAAAAGGUCAAACUGAAAAGAUCGAACCCUUAACAGAGUCGAAUCUGAUAGAAUUUAGCUGUACAGCACCAGCGGGUACUGAGCAUUUACAAGAUGAAAUUAAAGCUUACGCUGAUCAGUUGAAACCACAUGUCAAUAUCGACAAGCAAGAUGUCAAAAGACUUGUUUCUACACCAGGUUUUCAAAACAACCCAAAUGCAUAGUUCAUCGUAAAAAAAUAUACAUUAACGUAAAACAUAAUAAAAGUCUACAACGAUAAAAUUUUCAUCAUACUUGUUACUAAAUCUGGAUUAAUUGAUUCUAAUUUCAUUGUUAACUCUUGCAAAGUUCUUUUUAGCUCUAAACUCAUAAAAGAUACUGCUAAAUUGAAUCUUUUUGAGUUUUGAAUACAUUCAAUUAUGGUAGACAGUCGAUUUAAUUCUCCAACAGAUGAUAAACUCUUUAUCAAACUUUCUAGUUGAUCGCUUGGUAUUUCCAUUUUGAAAAAUUGCCUUAUUUGACUAUCUUUAAAUUUUAGAAGGUAAUUAGUUUUCUCUUCAGAUAUUUUAAUGUUUCUCCACUCUUUCCAAAAAUCGGAACUAUUUUUUGGAAUAUUAACUAGAUUAAGGUUCAACGGAUUUGUCUCUAAGUCGUCACCAUCCUUGGAUGAUGCUUGUGAGUUCCAUACUUGUUGAAAUGUACCACUUGUAGUAAUUUUAUCAGUUUUGUCCAAUGGUUUUAAGUGAGAAGCUUCAACUAUGCCUCUACAAUAAAAAAAAGAAUAAACUUUAAGCAGCUAUACACUUUAGACUUACUUAAAUUCAUCAUAUGUCGCUACUUUUUGAUGAAGAGCUCGAAAUUUUGCGUCAUUUUCCCGACUGUAUUUUUCAUCGGCCAAAACAGCUUUAUGAACUUGUUUAUCGAUUCUAUCGAAGUUAAUUUCCGUCUUUUUUUUAUUUGACAUGAUAAAAUAUCGAAAUUAUCGCUCAAAAAACUCAAUGUUUGUUUUCAAUUAAACUUCAAAAAAGAGUAUCUGAAGGAAAAAUUGUCCUCUAAAUGUAUCUUUAAGUUUUAGUAGUUUUAUUAUUAUUAUCAAAGAAAAAAAUCUGUAUCCUCUAAAGUGAAUAUGUUUUUUUCUUGUAUUGUUACUAUGGUAACAAGCAGUUACCAGUUAUCAUUAUCAAGAAAGACUAUUACCCGACCGAUAUUCAAUACCUUCGAAUCCUAGUUGUUCACACAGAGGUAUAAUUUAGUUAUAAGCAUUAGAAGUGAGAAUAUUCAAAUAACAUGGCAGGCGAAACAGAUGGGCUGGUUCAGCCUAAUCAACCUAAAAGAUGUGUACAUUAUUUCAAUAUUGGCUAUGCCAUAUGUGGAACUAUUAUAGGUAUAUCAGCCUUCUGCUCGUUUGGUCUUUAUUUUCAUAAUUGGCACGCGGCUGUCUGGGGUUUAAUAUCAGGUAUUGUUGCCUUUUGUACAUUCUUGGUCCACAUUCUCUAUCACAAACCAAAGUAUGAAUAUCACCAUAAAUUACGAAAGUGUAUGCUUUGUGGAUGCAUCGUACAAUUAGCUGGCAUAUGUGGCUUGGUAGCGUACUUGACUUUAGCAAUAAAUCAUCAUCACAAACUUUCGCCAACUAGCCAUUAUGUUUCUGCUGUUUGGUGUUUUUUAACUUGGAAAUGGGGAUUUUCUAAGUUCUAUCAUGCAAGAAAAUAUAGAAAAGAAUGUAAAAGAGGAUAUCAUAGACCAGGAAGCGAUUACAGUGCCAUUUAAAAGAUACUCAAAAAGGAACACUUUUUUUAUAGAAUGGGUUAAAUGAACAAUUUUUAAAUCCUUAAAAUUUCAUGCAUAAAUACAAUUUUUACAUUUAAAAAAAAACUAUUGUUCUAAAAUGUGGGCCUUGUUUCGUUCUAGAACAAAUUACAAGUGAAAAGAACAAGAGAACAACUAUUCGUGCUAUCUUAAUAAACUUUCAGCUUAUUUUUGGAAUAAUGAACACUUUUAUCAACAAGAAAAUUUCAGUCGUCAUUAAAAUGCAUUUUAUUUUAAUGAUCUCAUAAAAGGAGUAUUAAAUAUUAGUUUAUAAUGUUUAUAUAACAAAA